CACACACCUUUUUCUCUUAAACCGUCGUCCCUCCAACACACACGAAAACACACACCACUUCUGUUUCCUCUCUGCUUCUUCAAUGGCUAUUUUAACCAUCGUCUUUCUCCUUCUUCUCUUCGUAAUUGGCCUUUUUUCGACUCUUUCAAGAAUACCCACAAAGAAGAUCGCUGUUUUUUUUCAAGAAUUUCAGUCGUCGUCAUCCCGUCAAGAUUCAGUCAAAAGUAAAGAUCAGAAGAAGAAGAUGGUGACGAAGAAGAAGGGGAGCUUGGAUUCCGAUCAUUCGAGAGAGAAAAAGGCAGAGUUGAAGAGCGUUUUCGCCACUUUCGACAAGAACAAAGAUGGGUUCAUCACGAAACAAGAGUUGAGUGAUUCGCUCAAGAACAUCGGGAUCUCAACGAGUGAAAGAGAUGUGUUGGAAAUGGUUCAAAAGGUGGAUGUGAACGGAGACGGGUUGAUCGAUUUCGACGAGUUCUGCGAGCUUUUCGAGUCGAUGAUGAGCCGAGAAGACCAAGGUGGGAGCAAGAUCGAUGGCGGUGUCGAGAAUCUUGAUCACGAGGAUGGGGAUUUGAAGGACGCAUUCGAUGUAUUCGAUGGCGAUAAAAACGGACUCAUAAGUGUUGAGGAAUUGGGGAAGGUUUUGGAUUCAUUGGGGUUCAAAGAAGGCAAAAAGUUGGAGGAUUGCAAGAUGAUGAUAAGCAAAGUUGAUAUCGAUGGUGAUGGUAUGAUCAACUUUCACGAGUUCAAGAACAUGAUGAAGAAUGGUAUUAGUCUUAUUUCGGUUUCUUGAAUUCGUCGUCUUCUUUUAGGAAAAAUCUUGGGUUUUUUCGCGCCCCUGCGUUAUCACGGAUACAACAAACCAAUCAAAUUUAGGUAUUAUUGAAGUAGGGAAAUGUAUAUAGUGUAGCAUUUGACUUUGAUUUCCUAUUUGUGCCUUUGGUUUUCAACUAGGAAACUAGUUUGUUUUCUUAUUUUCUAUAUGUUGUACAACAAGUUUAAUGGGUUUUCAUAUUAUUUUAUGGCUUAAUGGUUCGUCAAGA